AUGAGUCUCCCUAGGAUUAUCGGUAUGGCUUCUUUCGGAAUCGGAGGAGAGAAACGUGGUGAAGAAGUUGCCAGUGGCGAUUUGAUUGAGCAGAUGGAUCUCGCCGGUUCAGGAGAAUCUAUUAAACAGAUCAACGAGGCCCUCACACUAUUUACCUUCGAGCUCCCUGAUGCAAAAGAAGACCUCUCGGUGCAGAGCCGCACUUUGCAAAAGUUUACCUUGUUCCCGUAUCUCCCAUUUGAGAUAAGAUUGAUGAUCUGGCGAGCCAUACUUCCACGAGGACAAUUAUUAAAGCUGAUACGCGAAUGUUUCUGGUUGACUCAGAAGGUUGAUCGAGGUGCACCACAACUCCCAAUUUCGCUUCAAAUCAAUCGAGAAAGCCGGACAGAGACCUUGAAGCACUAUAAAGUUAUCUGUUUUUCCGAACUACCGACUGAUAGCUGCGAUGAAGAGGAUACCAAGAGAACGCUGUGUUUCAGUCCAGAGAGAGACUUCAUUUACCUUGCGCACGCAAGUGAAAAUAACGGAUAUGUGUGGCUGACCGAAGUCUUUCCAGAUCUUUUUGAUGGAAUCUCUGAGCUCACGAUUCGGCUUGCUGGCUAUAAAAUGUUGACCGAGUGCGUGGGCGGUAUCAACCUAUACAAGAACCUUAAGACUCUAAAUCUUAUACAAGCCGACGAAAUAUUUUCUAUCGAUAAUUCUGUCCAAGAUACUCUUUGGCAUGAUGGAAACUGGCCAGAAGAUGCAAGCGAAACAAGGACUACGAUUUUGGACUCUUUGGAGAAAAUUAAGGCAGAUGAAGACGGGGGCAUGGUGCCAGAUAUCAGGAUCAUGUCCAGACAGAAGGUUACCCCCGCAAUUUGGAGUCGAAAGUGA